CGCGAGGCCCCGCCCCUCCCCGCCGCGGGUCACCACCCGCCUGUCCAAGAUGGAGGGUCGUGCGCCGGCCCCGCUCGCUGUCCGCCUGCUCCUUCUAGCUUCGUUGCCCGCCGCCGUCUGGCUGUGGACGGGCAGCCCGGAGCCGCCGCCCGGAGCCGCGCAGGAUGCCAUCCGGAUCCCUGUAACUACCCUGAAAGAGGAUGGAGGGCUAUCUACAGAACAGGUUGUUCUUAACAUAACCUAUGAGAGUGGACAGGUAUAUGUAAAUGACUUCCCUGUAAAUAGUGGUGUAACCCGAAUAAGCUGUCAGACUUUGAUAGUGAAGAAUGAUAAUUUGGAGGAAAAGAAAUAUUUUGGAAUGGUCAGUAUAAGGAUUUUAGUCCAUGAAUGGCCUAUGACAUCUGGUUCCAGUUUGCAACUAAUUGUUAUUCAAGAAGAAGUAAUAGAGAUUGAUGGAAAACAGGCCCAACAGAAGGAUGUUACUGAAGUGGAUAUUUUGGUUAAGAACCAGGCCGUACUCAGACAUUCAAACUACACUCUGCCCUUGGAAGAAAGCAUGCUGUUCUCGAUUUCCCGGGACGGUGAUACCUUAAUCACCUUCCCCAGCCUCCCAAGAAAAGGAGAAGGUGUUAGCUCAUUACAGACCACCAGCCAGUAUCUCAUCAGGAAUGUGGAGACCACCGUCGAUGAAGAUGCUUUACCAGGCAAAUUACCUGAAACUCCCCUCAGAGCAGAACCUCCAUCUUCAUAUAAGGUAACUCAGGUGAUGUGUCAGUGGAUGGAGAAGUUCAGAAAAGAUCUGUGCAGGUUCUGGACCAGUGUUUUCCCGAUAUUCUUCAGGUUCUUAAAUGUCACAGUGGUUGGAAUCAUAGGCGCAUUUGUGGUCAUCAGUAUCUUGAAGUUGCUUUUCCCAGUGUGCGAAUAUAAAGGGAUUCUCCAGUUGGAAAAAAUGAAUGUUAUACCAGUCACAACUAUCAGCAUAUAUCCAGAUGGGCCUGAAAAAUCAGCAGAAAAGCUUGAAGAUAGAACAUGUAUUUAAAAUACCAUCUCCAAUCAUGGACAGUUAAUCUGUUGUCUUUAAUCUGCAACUUGACUAGAGAAAUUGCUAAACUCUUUUUUAAAAAAAUGCCAGAAACUUGGUCUCUAAGUAACAAGUUCAACUCUUAAAAAAUGCCAGAAACUUGAUUUUUACAGUAACAAGUUCAUAUUAUUCUGUAACAGGGCUGGUUAUCUUCAUGAUGAACAGUUAAGGAAAAAUUUAAGUGAAAAAGAAGAUAUGUGAAGGAACUUUGAAAUUACCAAAAAGAAAAUUUAAAAGACAAAAUGCCAUGUGCCAAUACUUUCCUAGGUGCCUUUGUUAUGGAACUUAUACCCAACUUAAUUACUAUAACAGAUGACUUUAUGGAAAGCACUUUAUGAAAUUCUAAUUUAAAAUCUCAAGGACUUAACACUUAUUUUUUUAUUCAGUAAAAUGUGCCUUUAUAUUAAGUAUGUGACUCGGCAUAAAAUCACUGAAGUGUAUCAUGGUUCGAUUGUGUCCUAUACCCAGGAGUACUACUUCGAAUGUACCAGGAUGUAAAAAUAGUGAUGUCCUCACUCUAAAAUAAACUUUUUUUUUUUAGAGGGAAA